AUUCGGUGAAACAAAAAUGAUUUCCCUUUUAAAACAUAAUAAUAUCUAUACCAGUCAUAAUUCUAACGUAUUUUCCAACUAUUUUUGCAGGAUGAUUUAAAUGCACCCCUAUACUGCAUCAGUAGAGGAACUAUUCGAGUCGACUAUAUCGUGCGUCCCUACCCCACGAAGUUGACAUCGGGGCCUGUAUUGCAACCCCUCUGCAUCCUGGAACUCCAACAGUCGCAUUAAAAGCCAACGAAACGCCCUUUGCGCAUCUGCUACAAGGGAAAUCAGGCAGUUUGAACGCAGCAACCGUCGAGUUCAGGUCAAAGGAAGUAACGGUAACGAAUCUUCCUUUCAAUUCAAAACUCCAUUUCAUCCACUUCUGCAAAAACCAUAAUACAGCACGCGUCACUCGUCUCUUCAAUAAAUAAAUAAAAUUUCCUCCCAAUCUGCAAAACAAAAAAUAAAUUCAGCAAAAUUCAAAAAUAAUAUUCACCGCUCAACUAAUUUAAAAAAAAACGACGGUUGAAGACCAAAAAGAAAAAGUGAAAGAAAAGUGCAAAGAAAAUUUCAAGACAAAGAGAAAUGAAAUCUAAAAUAUCUAAUAAAGUGAAAUCGACAAAACAGUGAUUAUUAUUAAUGAAAAAAAUUUUCAAAAAUAAACAGGAUUCAGUGAAGGAUAAAACCGGGAAAUAAAAUUAGAAGAAGAGAAGAGAAGAGAAAAGAGAGAAGAAACCUAAAAGUGAAGACUGAAAAAGUCUGACAAUAAAGGAGAGAAGCGAGUGUGAAAUUAGAAGAAGAAAUUACAAAAACUAAAAAAGGGGUAAACCCAUGAAAAAUUCAAAAAAAUGUGCAUAAAGUGUUUUUCGGAAAUUCAGAGACCAGUAGCGCCGCUACGUCCGUCCGUGACCCGGUCCUUGGAAACCUGGCAAACUCCCACCUUUGUCAGCAGUAUCAUCAUUCUCCUAAUAAACCGCCGACAAUAAUUAUCAUCAAAUUCAGAAUCAAUUAUGCUAAAAUCGCAACUCACCCACUCGCCACGCGGUUCAAUGAUCGUCUAUACAGUGUCAUUCAAGUGAACCGGUUUAGGGGUCAAAUAAUGUGACUUCAAACUCCCCCAUUGAUUGGAAUCAACUUUCGAAAAGGAACAAAGAAUCAAGAGACAAAAAAGAAGCAAACUAAACAAAAAAAAAAUCAAGAGUCAAAAAAGAAGCAAACUAACCAAAAAAAGAAUCAAGAGACAAAAAAGAGUCAAAAGAAAUAAAAAAGUAUCAAAAGAAGCAAAAAAAAAAAAAAAACAAAAAAACAAAAAUGAAUCAUCCGAACGAUCCAACGCCAGUGCAUUGUUACACGAACCCGUCCUUUUGCCGACAAUCCGAAUUCAUUCAUGAUGACCGGAAUGACCUCCCGCCACCUCCACAAUUUCAGGGAGAUGAUCUCCCCCCACCACCGCCGCCACAGCAGCUGCAGAUGCAUCAACACCAACAACAGCAGCAAUACGGACAGACAAACGCUGCCUUUCAAAGUCAACCAGAAACUGCAGCGGAAAUACAAACGCGAAGUAAUCACGCUCAGGAGCAACGUUAUUGUUAUCUUGAGGAGACUGGACCACCUAGUCACAGAAGAUAUGGCAGUGUUCCGGUCCAAGAGCAACGGAUGACCUACACACAAUCAUCACAAUCGAGAUAUGAAUACAUUCAGGACGAUGAGCGAGCCCAAUUACACAGAACGGGCUCAUCGAGAUAUGAAUUUAUUCCACAUCAACAGGUGCUUCGUUCCGCGCCGCCAGUCAACCAAGACAACGGACAACUGCAGCUGCGAACGUGCAGGAACAACGGGGCAAGAUACGCCGUUGUACCGGGUGAUCAAGACUAUCAGGAGAAUGAGACAUCUUGGAAUGGUGCUAAAGUCAUUUCUCCUAUUCGCCGACAAAUCAGUACUCCACAAGGUCGAUACACGAGUUUACCUUUGGAGGAACCUCCAGCACUUCCAGACAGGAAUGUUUCGGAAUUUCCAGCAUCCCCUCGAAAUAAUAUUGCCACUCAAAAACUCCAUGAAAUAUUGACCACUCCCAGGAAACCCAGGUCACGUUCAGAGGAAAGAACACUAUCUCCAAAGAGACAUCACACAGCUCCCCAAACUGGAACACCUCAACGGAGAGCAUUCAGUCCUGGAAAUUCACCAUCAGGUCGAGCUCUGAGUCCAAAUCCUCGGGGAACGCCAUUGGGAACUCCACAAAAUAGAGCAUUUUCGCCAAAUGGACCACAGACUUCAACUCCCAAUAAGGAAUCAUCAGCGAGAAGAUGUUUACCACUCAACGAAAGUUCAUCCCGUCAACAAGAUCUGUGUCCUGCAUCCAAUUGUGGUAAAUUACGUUAUACGGGCACAACACCAACAGACUUGGUUCAAUUAGACCAGGGAUAUUCAAUAUCGAGAUAUCAAUAUCUUCAAAGCGGAACAGACACAAUGCCAAUGGUUUCGAGUCCACUCAAAUAUCAAGUUGUAUCACCUGAACAAAAAAGAUGUGGUUAUCAAAGCGUUGAAAAUGCAUUCAUUGCGAGAACAGCUGUGGUUCCUCCGCUAUCGCCACCCACCAGUGAAGCAAAUACCACAAUGGCAAGUGGAGCAGAAAAGUAUAACAAAAAUAGUGCACCACUUCUUUUGGUGCUCGUUGGAAUUCUCACCUGUGGCUUGGCUUAUUACUUGUCUUUAACUCAAGGAAGAAUGUAUUAUUUCGAUAGCGCCAUCGUUUGUGGAUUGUGUUGUGCUCUAGCAGGUGCAUCGAGAAGUUUACGAAAAACCUGGACAGGUUUAGGUUUGGCGGGACUCUCGGCAUUAAGUUGUGCAGGACUUUUACUCCUUGCAGUGAAAGGGCCAAAAAAAGGAACUCCUCUUCACGACGUGACAGCAGGUGCACUAUGUGGUGUCUCUAUUUUAGGCGCAGCUCUUGCUCUAUUGGCAGUUCUCCGACCCAGGUGCAGUUGCGGACGACACCGAAGAGUUCACUCCUGGAUACCUAGAUUUUCACCUUAAAUAUAUUUUAUCAAUCUAUUGCACAUAAUUAUAUAAAUGUAUAUUUAAAUAACAAUGAACAAAUUUAUUCAUUUUGUAAAAAAAAGAAAAAAUGAGCCCAAUGUACAUGAAUAUAGAAAUAAGCCUCAAAGGCCGAAAAUUCUUAUUAAAAGCUAAAAAUUUAAUUUAGCUUUGAUAAACUAGAAUUUUAUAUAUUUAACAGCUCAAAAUUCUAAUUUUAUUAACAAUUCGUUAGUGAAAUUAAAAUUUUUUA